AUGUCUCGCGUCGAGGAGCUUCCCGAUGACUUUGAUGAAUCGCUCAACCUCAAUGCCGUCCCAUCAACAAACGUACCUCAAUCGGGGCUCGAUCCUCUAGCCGCAGCGAGCCAAGCGCCCUUCCCGAUCAAUGAAGAGCGUUUGAAGGAGCUCAUCAAUGACCCAAACGCCCCCGAUAUGCCGCCGAGCAUGGCUUCGGUCAAAUCGCACUCUGUCGAUGAAUUGAAGGAAAUGUUGAACAAAACUCCUCUUUUCAUGACCGAUAUUGAUAAAGCUGGAGAUGAGAACGGCGAGAAUGAGCUCCUGGAUGCACUGCAAGCGCUUCAAAAUGAGGGUACCCGUGGAGAAGUUGCGCAAAGCUAUAAGGAGCAAGGCAACGAGGCAGUACAAGAAAAGCGAUGGAUUGAUGCGAAGGAGAUGUACACCAAGAGUAUCGCAGUGAUCUUCGCAAAGGAAGACAAGUGGGAAAAGCCUGAGGACCCGGAAGCGGAAAAGAAAGUUCUGCGACAGAUGGAAGAACUCUCACAUGUCAACCGGGCACUGUGCAAUCUUGAGCUCGGCAACUACCGUUCUUGUACCCUGGACUGUGCCGCUGUGCUCAAAGUGAAUCCCAAAAAUGUCAAGGCCUACUAUCGAUCGGCAACGGCUUUGCUCAAGCUUGACAAAGUCCCUGAAGCUGAGGACGCCGCGUCGCGGGGCCUGGCAAUCGAUCCGUCAAACAAAGCUCUUCAAACCAUUGCUGCCAAGGUCGCCGAUCGCAAAGCCCAGAUCGAGCGCGUUGCUGCGAAGCGCAGGGCCGAAGAGGAGCUCACUCGCAAGCAGAACCUUGUUCUUAGCACGGCUUUGCGAGCUCGUCAGAUUCGAACCCGAAAAACCGAUCAGCCCCCAGACAUGGAAGAUACUAGGAUUCGAUUGGUCCCUGAUCCCCUUUCGCCGGAGAGCACAGUGGAGUUCCCUACUGUCUUCCUGUAUCCAAUGGAUGCCCAGAGUGACUUUAUCAAAUCCUUCUCUGAGAUGCACUCGAUCGCUGAUCACUUGGACUACAUCUUCCCUCUCCCUUGGGACCAUAAGAAAGAUUAUACCAUCAACAAUGUCGAGUGCUUCAUGCAAACAGUUUCUGGUGGUCUAAUCAAGGCCGGGAAAAAGCUGCCUCUGUUGCAGAUUCUUUCGGGGGGAAAGGUUGAGGUUGUUGACGAACUAGUGAGAAUUUUCGUGGUGCCCUUGUCUAAGACUGCCACUUUUAUCGCCGAGAUGAAGGCUCGCAAGGAAGAUUGA